UGCCACAAACAAGUCAUCGUUUCCCAAAGCCCAACCCAUCCUGUCCUCGCAUCGACCAUCAACUUCAGCACAUUUAUGACUUUACAGCCCGGCCCUCCAGUUCAUAUAGACAGCCUCGGCUUUAAGGGGAUGGCCAUGUGCUUCCUGGCACGCUGAAUUAUUCUGAAUCAUUUCACUUAAGGGCCCAGAUGCUACCUGUCUGUUGCCCUCCACUGAGAGGGCAAUUAAGUCAGCCUGGUGCCGGCUAAAUGCCCCCUUCUUCUGCAUGAGUUGAUGCAUCUCCUUAUCUGGAUCUCUGUCAUGAUGUCGUGUGCACCUCGCCCCCUUCCUGCCCACAUGCAUCAGCACCUUUGUGGCCAACGCCUCCUUUUAUUUAUUUUUUUUGCUCUCACCUGUCUCAGAGCUGAACAGAGUGGAGUUUAAGAAACUUGGCACAGCACAGCUCCCUGAGCUACGAAUGGAGAAUCGUUCUUUUGAAAGAUGUGGUUAAUAAAUGUAGAGGACACAAGGAAGACAACGCACCUGACUAUUUGUCAAAAAAUCAGUUUGUUUGCUUAUUUUAGACAAGUCUUGUUUGAAGAUUUAUCCUGGACCUUCAGUGCCUCUCAGCGGUUUCCAUGUCCUAAACUGAAGACAUGCAUUUGGCUUUCAAGGACUGUGUCGCCCUCUCUGUCUACAUCUUUACCUUCCUGCUGGGCCUCCCCGCCAACGUGCUGGUCUUCUUUGUCUACGUGCGCAAGGCCCGAAAGCGCGGUGCCACACCCAACGUGGUCUACGCCCUCAACUUAUGUCUGGCCAACCUGGUGCUGGUGGCCUGGCUGCCCGUCAAGGCUGUGGAGACUUUACUUCAGGACUGGAGGCUACCAGCACUCGUCUGCCCCAUCUACAACUUCUUCCUCUUCUCCUCGCUGUACGGCAGCUGCCUCUUCAUCGCCGCUGUGACAGUGGGGCGCUACCUCAGCAUCGCAUUCCCGAUUAUCUACAAGAGAUACCGCAGUGCUCGGAUCUCUUGCUUCAUCAGCGCUGCACUGUGGACCUUGGUGCUCCUUCACCUCAGUUUCGCCCUGGUGGCUGAAGGAGGGAACUUUGUCUCCACGAAGGAUGACACCUCAGCCUGCUACGAACACUUCAACGCCACCCAGCUGGCUGUUCUGCUGCCUCUACGCCUGGAGAUGGCCAUCGUCUUGUUUCUCUUGCCUCUGAUUGUGACGUCUUUUUGCACACUGCGUUGCGUCACCCUGGUGUGGCGCUCAAAUUUGCGCCCCAUGGGAAAGAGAAGAGCCCUGGCUGUUGCUCUCUCCACGCUGGCUGUGUUUGUGGUGUGCUAUGCACCCUACAACGCCUCACACGUUGUGGGGUUUGUGCAGGGGGAAAAUGUGAAUUGGAGGACAUACGCCAUGCUGACAAGCUCCUGUAAUGUUUUCCUGGAGCCUGUGGUCAUGCUGAUGCUGUCGCCAGCAGUGUCGAGGGGGAUCAUGGGAAGAAUCUGUGGACGGCAAAGCCAAUUCAGCCGGAUUGACGGUUUUCGAAAUCGAUGUAAUAGCAUUGCACAUGUCAAGGUAGCACAUACGGUAUCUGAGAGGAGCCAUGCGGGUGCCGAGGUGACAAAAGUAAGUCAAGAGUGA